GGCAAAGGAGCCCUUCUUGAUUUGUCCCCCGCGCCAAUUUGGCGAAGGUUUGACAGGCUGUGUUCAAAUUUAUUUCUUGAAUUAGAAUCAAGUUUUCACACUUUCUCGUUAGAAGGAAAAAUUGACGCGACCGCUAUCUUGGAAAAUUGAUUGUCUCUACUAUUAUUAACGUAUCGGAAAUUUUUAUAAACGCUCAAAUUCACUAAAAUAUCUACGUUCUCAUACGUUAAAGUCUAGUGACUUUGAUCACUUUUGUAAUUUUCAUUCAUUUCCACGAUAUAAACGAUUCGUUCUCAGAAGUGUGUGCAUAUCUAUGUUCUUACAUUUGUUUGUUUUAUUAUUUACGUUGUUUUUCUUUAUCUUAUCGUCGUACAUGUGUGCGUGUAUACUAUUUCGGCUUACAACAAAGUGUUUCCGAUGUCUGUUUUAUGUCUGCUGACCGUUGCUGAUACUGUACUGACUACAUUUCCUAUUUCGUAAUGUGUUAAUUGGAAACAAUGACAAGAAAAAAGUUAAUAAAAAAUCAUCCCAAUAUUAUUUGUUACUACUGUUUAAAUAAUCUAUAAUAAAUUCAAUAAACUUUAAACAUUUGGUUUGUGUUGAUAAGGUUAAAUAUAUACAUAAUAUUUAAUAUGGAAAACAAAAAUAGCAAUAAUUUUGUUAGUUAUGUAGGACUAGAGGAACACGAGUUGCAGACUUUUAGUUCCAGUCGACGUAGUUCGUUAAUUGAAAACAAUAUAAAACUAUUACCUGGAGAAGUUUUUAUUACUGAAGCACAAAGCGUUCUUAUGUUUUCGCCGGUCAGCGAUCUGAAACAAGGUAUAUCUGGAGUUCUGGCAGUCACUAAUUUCAAACUCACAUUUAUUACCAAUGAUGAUUCAAAUGGAGAGGAUGUUACUUAUCAACAAAAUCACUUGUAUGGAUACACGGAUACAUGCUUGACAAAUAUUGAUGAGAUUUAUAUAAUGUUAGGUGAUAAAAAAAGAAAGCUAGUUCCUGGCGGUACAGUACCAUCAAAAGUAAAAGGAAUAUUUAUUAUUUGCAAAAACCUGAGAACGUGGUCUUUCUCUUUCAAAUUUUCACCUCUUGGACAUGGCAAAAAUCUGUUGACUGCAUUGUUACAUCACGCUUUUCCUAGUAGGCACCAACUGUUGUUUGCCUAUGACUACAACGAGCCUUAUUAUAGUAGUCUUGACAAAAAUGUUCAAUUAUUCAGAGAUAUUUCAGACUGGCAAAAUGAAUUGAGCAGAACAGUGUGUAAUGAUCAAAUAAGGAAACGUUGGAGAUUAUCCACGGUUAAUGCCAAAUUUCAACUUUGUUCUAGCUUAUCGCAAUAUAUAAUUGUACCCUCGUCUGUGACUGACACUCAGCUAGUAGAAGCAGCCAAAUAUUUUCAAGGUAACAGACCGCCAGUCUGGUCUUGGACGUCCGUACAUGGUGCAGCUUUAGUAAAAAUGUCUGAAUUGUUACCAACGAUUACGGAAAGGAUGCAGGAGAAUAUUAUGUUUGAAAAUGUUCGUAAAAGUCAUCCCCAAAAGAUACCUCCGGUCGUUAUAGAACUGAAUAAAGAAAUUAAUGUAAAAUUGAUAACAGCAAGUUAUGCAAAAUUCACCAACUUAUGUCUGCCAGAAAAUAUCAGGCAAUUCUGGAUUCAAGAUAACAAUUUUUAUUCAUUAUUAGAAAAUACAAAAUGGCUUAAAUACGUAUCAUAUUGCUUGCAAAAAGCAUUAGAAGUUUGUGAACAUCUUAAUUUAGGAAGUUCUGUUAUAUUGCAAGAAAGUGCCGGUAGAGAUUUGUGCUGUGUUAUAUCGAGCUUAGCGCAACUGUUAUUGGAUCCUCACUUUCGUACUAUCACUGGUUUUCAAUCAUUGUUGCAAAAAGAAUGGGUUGCCGGAGGCCAUCCGUUUUGUGACAGAUUAGGCCAUAUUGUAAAAACUACUUCAGAAAAAUCUCCUUUAUUUCUUUUAUACCUCGACUGCGUGUGGCAACUGUGUCAACAAUAUCCAACGGAAUUCGAAUUCACGGAAACAUAUCUGACUACAUUAUGGGACACGGCGCAUGUUUCCAUCUUCGAGACCUUCAUUUUCAACUGCGAAAGAGAUCGGGCAGUAGCAGCUAUGGAUCCGAACACACCUCUUGUACUUCGUAGCGUCUGGGAUUGGCGGGAGCAAUUCAACGAUCAAGACAUCUUACUGUUUUACAAUCCUCUGUUUGUCCCGUAUAGUGUUGAGAAAAAAACGGAAAACAGAACAAUUAUAAAACCUCUAUUCGCUAUUUCUAAUUUGGAUCUUUGGACGCAGUGUUACUUCCGAUGGAUACCAGUGCUCGAGAUUCGUAACGGCGGUCAAAGGCAUAUCGAACUUUACAUUAGAUUACUUCAAAAUGACAUAAAUCAACUUAAAAUGUGUGUAAACGACCAUCGUGGUAGCUCGUUUGUAGAUAAGGUCGGUGUUUACUCUCUUCCAACAAAUAUUGACAGCUUCUAUCCGUUUAGUAACAAAAGAUCGGGAAGCGCCAUUAGCGCUCCAAUCAUGAAUACUUCAAUUCUUUUGACAGAAAGUUUGUUGGACGCACAGUCAGUGAUAACCGCAACCGACUGAUAAAGAUAUUUCUAUUAUGGUUCAUUUUUUAUAAGUGUACCUGAUUACAUAUCUUCUGCCUUUUUUAGAUAACAAAACUCGGUUUUGAAGGCAAACUAGAAGAUAUAUGUAUUAUCUUGUACGCUUUCAAUUAAUAUGCCGUAUAUGUAGCUGUGUAUUUUAAUAUUUAUUUUUGUUAAAUUAAUAUUAACGCUGAACGAACGCAGAAACACACACACACACACACACACACACACACAUUACAUGUUCUUGAAAUUUGAUUUCGAAGAAAAGGUGGUGAUUUUUCCGAAAACACAUCACCCCUUACAUUUUAACUUAUUAGCAGUAGUCUCUAUUAUUGAAGUUAACUCUCUCAAGCUUUUCCAUGUAGAACGAGAACUGUAUUUAUACGUAGACUGACAAUUUUGUACAUAUUUAUAUGCUAUUUUUAUAUAGAAACUUAAACGCAAAUAUAAAUGUACAAACAUGUUAACUAAAAAUUGAAAUAUUCAAUUAAAGAGAAAUGAUUUCAGGAAAUUUUUCAUACAUAGCUCCCUCUGUGAAUAUAAGAACAAAUAUUACAUUAUUAUAUAAUAUGUAUAUGUGUAAUAUGUUAUUAUUUAAAAGUGCUGCUAUAUAUUUAUUAAAACACAAUUCUCAUAAACUGAGUAAUCCAGUCCAAUUUUAUACAUGUAUAAUGUAAUAUACAUAUACAUAUAGUUCGAACUUUAUAUGAAAGUUAUGUAAAAUAUUAUGUUAUUUGUAUUACAAAACAAUAGGAAUAAAUGUAGAAAUACAUUACGUAAUAUUGUGUGCUUGUGUAUAUUUCACGGUUUCUUACAAAAAUACGUACGCCGAGUUCAAAGAGAAUUAUCUUUCUGCGCGUAGAGAAAGUAAAAGCGGAAUUAAAGGCGGGAUACUCGCUGACAGCGUGUGAUUUGCCGAGCAAAUCGAGAGGAUAUUCAACUUUAUUGGAAAACAUCUCUCGUUUUCUUAAAAAAAUUCUUCACUUAUUACUUUCUCUUUGUCUUACUUUAAA